CCUUAGCCUUAUACUGUUCUUUCUUACAUAACAACACUGUUCUAAAUGGGAUCAAAAACCAACCCUCAGUAUAAAUAAGUUGCUAAGACUCAACUUUCAUGACAAACAUAAAUGGCGAUCUCAUGUAUCACCCCUCUCUCCCCAACUUCCCCGUACGAGCCUGAAGCAGAGUCCUUUCACCUUUGCUGACCUGUGGCCUGGGACUAAGUUGCAAACAGCUGCAGGGUGGGGAUGGGAUAGCUGAUGGUUAAGGAUUUAAAUCUAGAAUUAUAAAACAUGGAAACAGUAUUUCAAAGAUAGACAUGGCUCCUAUCUCCCAACUGCACACAAACACUACAGACCACGAGCAGAUCCCAGAGUCUUCCAGAAGGUGGGUACUGCCUGUUUGUUGCUCUGUUCCCUUUCAGGGAGGUGCUGCAGGUGUCUCUUCUGUACCUCCGUGUCAUCAGUGCCUGUGGAGAUGGCAAGAUCCGCAUUUACAACUUCCUCAAUGGGAACUGUCUGAAGGUGAUAAAAGUCGAUGCCAGAGGUGACCCCGUGCUAUCCUUCUUUUAUCAGGGCAACAGGAUGGUGGUCCAGACGGACAGCAAUAUCCUCAUGUUCCAGUUUGAAAACGUAAAGUGGCAGUACACCAUGGACAAAACCAAAACAAAGAGGAGUAAGGAUAAGGAGGAGGAAAGGGAAGAAACCAGCAUUGGGGAUGGGCAUUCCAAGUCCAGCACUCAGGUUCAAAGUCUGAGAGAUUCUGUGUCCAGUAAACAGACUAUGGCCCAGGAAUUCUCAUUAAAUAAACCUCAGAAGUCUCAAGUUCAUCUGAAGCCAAACAAGAAGCUCUCUUCAGAAGCAGAUGAUGGGCCAAGUCCUGGAGAUCAAAUCAGUCUUCCAAAGAAAAAGUUCUGGAAAGUCCCUAUGACACCUGACCGAUUCCUUCUGACUAUCAAUGCUCUGCAAGAAGCCCACAAUUCUGAAGAGUUUGCUUAUCCCCACAGGCCCCGAACUCCAGUCAUUGAUGCCUGGGGGCCUUCUAUUCCGUAUCCAAGGAAGGUCCUAAGUUUCAAAGGAAAAUCAACGCAACAUGCAGUUGAUCAGCUGCGAUCCAGCAACCUUUCCACCGAUGUGAAACAAACCAAUAUUCCCCUGGAAAUUCAGAAACUGCAGCCCAACUUGAAAAAGUCCUUGCAUAGUCCCAGAGUCCAGUCUACCAUACCCCAGCCCAUACUUAUCCAUUCCAGAAUUUCUGAUAGCCCAAGGGAUGAAGAGCACUUGACCAGUUCAAUUGACGGGGCAAAGCGUCGUGUGGGCCCCCUGACCAGCAUGCAGGUCAUUAAACCAAACCGAAUGCUCGCUCCUCGGGGUGGCAUAGCCACCCUGUCUCUCAAGAAAGAACGGCCACGUUUCUACACAACCCUGGAUCCUCUUAGACUGAACACUGGGUUCAUGCUGUUGACUGUGAAGGAGGAGAAAGAAUAUGGAGAAGCCAAGAUGAAGGAAUAUCAAGCCAGUGAAUCCACUAAAGUAGUCGACCCAGGUAAAGCCAGCAAAGCUGCGUGGAUUCGUAAGAUCAAAGGCCUGCCUAUCGAGAAUUUUAUGAAGCAAGGGAAAACAGCGGCCCCUGAACUUGGACAAAAUGUGUUUAUCUGAACCAGGCUUGGGAAAUUACAGCACCAUUACAACAAACAGAAAACCAA